AUGUUCGUCUUUCAUGGUUAUUUGUGUGGAAUGAAGGCAUUUCAGAAAUAUCCAAAUGAGGCAAUGAUUAAAAUUCAACAAGGACCAGAUGUUUAUUUCACCAUUGCAAAGGAUAAGGAAAUGAUCAAGGAAGUUCUUAUUAGAAAGUAUAGAACUGUUGGAAAGGGUGAAUUCUUGGCACCUGUUGGAUUGUUUGGACCUAAUGUAUUCUCUGCAGAUUCGAAUAAUCCACUUUGGAAAAAGCAUAGAACAUUGUCUAAUCCAAUCUUUAGUAAUGUUUCACAUUUGAGAAAUGUUUUCAGAGUUACAAUGGAAGAAUUGCCAAAAAUGAUUCAAUUUUGGACUAAAUAUUAUGAUGCAGACAAGAAUGGAAAUAUUAGAAAUGUUAACACAACUCAAGAAUUGAAAUCAGUCACUUUAACUGUCAUUAACAGAGUUGCUUUUGAUUAUGAUAUUGAAAUUUUUGACAAGACUCCAGAACACAGAGAUGAAGUCCAUGGUUGGAUUUCUGAUUUACUAACUGGAUUAAUGUACAAAUUCGUCUUCCCUGAAUAUCUAUUCGAAAUUGUUCCAUUUGGUAUUUUCAAAAGAUUUAAAGAUGCCAAAAAUAGAUUCAGAGAUACUGCCAUGACAAUGGUUCUCAAAAAGACUAAGGAAGCUGAACUCGAUCAUCAAGUUAAAGAUGAUGAAGAUUUAUUGAGUUUAUUAUUGAAGAGUGCCAAUACUUUGAAAUUGUCAGAGGAGGAACGUUUGUCCAAUGAUGAAUUAGUCAGUGCCAUUUUCAUUAUCUUCUUUGCUGGAUUUGAAACUAGUUCAACAUCCUUGAAUUUCAUGUUGAGAUUGUUGGCCACAAAUCCAGAAAUUCAAGAAAAGUUAAUUGAGGAAAUUGAUAGAGAUAUUCCAUCACUUGACUCUAUUAAAUUUGAAGAUAUCACUGAAAAGCUUCCAUACUUGACCUCAUUCAUGAAGGAAGCAUUCCGUGUCAAGAUUCCAGUUGGUGGUGCCACAAGAGUCAUUACCAAGAAGGGAGGUGAAACAGUUGGUGGACAAUUCUUUGAGGAAGGAACUGUUGUUAAUGUGGGAUUAUAUGCACAACAUAAGCUUUCUCAUAAUAAUGCUAUGGAUGAUUUCAAAUUCGAUCGUUUCUUCAAUCCAGAAAAGAUUGAAACAGAGGAAGAUAAGAUGGAUAAGGGAACUAUGGGUAAUUUAUCGAUGGAUUUCCAAAAAGACGAGUUGAUCACAUUCUCGAUUGGACCAAGAGAUUGUUUGGGACGUAGAAUGGCUUUAUUGGAAAUCAAAUUAAUCCUUGUCUAUUUGUUGAAACAAUAUAGAAUUAAGGUUCCAGAACAUUUAAAGGAACAACAAGCUAAGAUCAAGGAAACAUACAUUGUUACAAGAACCGUUCUUGAACCAUACAUAUUUGAUUAUGAAAAGAGAAACUAAAUAAACUUUAUUGAGCAUUAUUC